CAGAAGCACAAAUGGACCUUGCACUGGGCUCUGUGACCUUUGAGGACGUGGCUGUGUACUUUUCCCAGGAGGAAUGGAGGCUUCUUGAUGAGGCUCAGAGACUCCUAUAUCGCGAUGUGAUGCUGGAGGUCUUUGUACUUGCUGCCUCUCUGGGACUUGCAUCUUCUAAGUCUCAUGCUGUUGACCAGCUGGAGCUGGGAGGAGAAUCCUGGGUACAUGACAGAGUGGACAUGACUUCAGGCACAGCAAGACAAGCUCAAACUGGGCCUGGCCCUGGUGAUUGGCAUCAGAGACAGGAUGUGAUAUCAUGGCUGGGUUCACAUUGUUUGAGGAACAUGUCCUGUGCCCAGCGCUGUUUUGGUGCUAAGGCCAGUGGCCAUAUACCUCAUUUCUAUCUUUCCUCCCCAUUCUGGACACUUUGCCCACCUGUCAUUUCUGCUCUGACUUCUGACCCAGGAUUAUCUCUCACCUCUCUGUCUUCUACCACUCAUUUGUCCUCUCCACUGCUCCCUCUGCUGUGCUCUCCAGGAACGGCCUACACUUAAUGUGUCAUGAGGUCUGCACAGAUUCUUAAGAUAGUAUUUGAACACCAGCUACCCAGUUACAGUUGGAUUUUCUUGGCUCUGAACACACCCUUCCAUGUAGCACACAUGUGUCA